AUGGUCCAAUUCACUGGUCUUACGGCGGUGCUGGCACUUGCCUCCACUGCUUACGCUCAAUGCGGUUCAGGCACACCUGACGCAAGAGUCACUGGCUCCGGCAAUUCGUUCACAGCCACCAGGGGCUCAACAAACCUCUACACCGGUUCGGACUAUCGGCUGGCCAUUCAGCGCGCCCUGGAUGGAAUCAGCAGCGGACAGCGUGUUUCUGUCAUCGCAUCCGGUAACAUCGGUGCCAGCACCAUCACCAUCACGAGCGGAAAGACGUUUGAAGGUUGCGGAACCAUAACCGUUGCUCCCAGAAGCGGAGCAGGUAACAUUGAAGUAACAGACCAGUCUGGCGUCAACAUCCCGUACCUUACCAUGGCCGGUUCCACCUACUUCGGCUUGCGCUUCUCUGGAACAAGAGACCUGACCCUAGGCAACAUCAACUUCAACCUCAGAGAAGGAAUGGGCAUUCGAUUCGAUCGCGACCGAGCGGCCAACACAAACGUCAGGAUGGGCACCAUCACCUGCACUGGUGGCACCUCGCACUGCGUUGAGACAUGGAACAUCGACAGGCUCGAGAUCGGCUCCGUAAUUGGCAGGAACGUUGGAGAGAGCGGUCUUCUCAUACAGAAGGUUACAAAUGCAAACAUCGGCACCGUAGACUGCGACAACUGCGGCGCUGGCACCGGAUACGCCGCCCUUCGUUUCGCCAACGAAGCUGGAAGGCUCAACGGCGCAUACAGUACCAACAUCAGGGUCACCCGUGUCAAGGCUCGUGGCGGCGGUCGCGGUAUCUUCUGUGUCUCUGCUUCUGGUGGUGUAGAGAUUGGUACUAUUGACGUUGCGAACACUGGUAACAACGCCAUCUUGAUUGAGAACUGCUACAAUGUCAACAUCAGGGCUGGUACCGUGAAUGGUGGUGGUGAGGUUCGCUUGGCUGCCAGGACCGAGUUCGCGAACAGCAGGGACAUUGCGAUCGCGAUCAGGGUCGAUGGAACCACUGUACGAGAGGACCCUUGCACGGUCAACCCGACCAGGUGGAGCCUUACUGGCAACGGUGGGAGGACCAUUUGCACCUAG